AUGAGCCCUGCCCGCCAGCAGCCUGGUGAACAUGGGGAGACAGAGGCGACAAGGCUAGGUGGGAGCAAGACCAAGCAAGGGAUGUCGUCACCGCAAGCCUUGCCCUCGAGCGACGAGAAGCAGGCAUGGCAGAGCUCUAUGCCGCUCUCGCCUCGGUCCGAGGAGUUCGCAUUGCAUCUUGGCAUCGACUUGAACGAGGAGGAAGACAGAACUCACGCCUGGAUCGCUGUGAAGGCAGUGAGAGCGCCUCUUCCCGACGGCUGGUCUCAGCACGAGGACGACGAGGGGUACAUCUACUUCUACGAUGCCGUCCUUGACAAGUCGUCGUGGGAGCAUCCCAUGGAAGCUUACUGGAAGCGAGUCCUUAACGAGGAGAGGAGAAAGAUCCAACGAUCGAGGGAGCUCACUGACCUGCAGCAGAAAGUUUCUGCCGGCAUUGAAGCUGGGGGACAAGAAGUGGAAGAGAUGGUCAGAGAGAUGAAGGCCAAGUAUCUCAAGAAUGACAUCGCAGAGAUGGAAGCACAGAUUGAAGGCAUUAGGUCUCAGAUCGAUGCGAUCCAAGCGAACCUCGGGGAGAAGAGGGAGGAGGAGAAGGCGACGUCGAGGGCGAUGCUGAGGAAGCAUGCGGAGCGACUACAGGCUGAGUUACGGGAGAAAAGUGCGACGCUCAAGGAGAUGCUGAAGAGCCUGCAGAGGUUGUUCACAGAGGAGGAGGAGGAGGAGGAGGCAGCGGCAGCUCCUCAGAUCACUCCAGACUCGCUGCACGAGAUGUGCAUCUUCUUGGGUAUCGACGUGUACAAGGAGCCUCAUCUCAUCCACAUCGCUAGCGAGGCCCUGGAGGCGCCGCUGCCGGAGGGAUGGGAGGAGCUGGUGACGGAUGAGGGGUCCAUCUUCGUCAACUCCAUCACUGGCGAGAGGAGCGAAGAGCAUCCGCUGGAUGCGAUCUUCCUGACGCGGGUGGAGGAGGAGCGAGAGAGGCUGCGGCACCUGGAGGGAUCGCUCUAUCACGACGCCUGGGUCAAGUUCCGAGACGAGGAGGGCGUCGCCUACUUCUACAACUUCCGCUUGCAGGAGAUCUCCUUCGAUGCCCCCCGACAGCAGGGAGCUCGCGGCCAUCGCCAUCCAGUCUCGCGUGCGCGGGAUGCUGACGAGGACGAGGAUGGAGCAGCAGGGGAGGAGAGUGCUGCGAGUGAAGGCGGCGAACAACUUGCACUGGGAGCUGAGAUGACGGAGGAGCUGCAGAAGCGCUUGAGGGAGGAGAGCGCACGAGAAGCGCCGAAGGAGUCCAAGGAGGAGAGGGAGCUGGAGGAUCGCAAGAGCAUGCUGGAGGCCUGGAAGAUCAAGUUCGUCCUCCGCGAAGAAAGCGCUGCCAGGAUUCAAGGGGCUGUGCGAGCAUGGAAAGCUCGUAGGGAGCUCAGAAGGAGGAAGCAGAGGCGAGAGGCGAAGGCUCAGGUGCUGCAGGCUUCAUGGAGGUGUCAUCUGGGAAGAAGGGAGGUGGAUGAGAGGAGGAGGUUGCUUCAGCUCGCUGCUGCGGCUCGCAGGCGUCUGCUGCGAGCCGCUACUAUCCAGAACGCCUUCCGCUGCCAUUGGGCUCGCAAAUUGUUUCAACGCCGAAUUGAGGAGGAGGAAGAGGGAAGGAAGGAAUCGCUAAGGCGGGCUGCUGAGACGAUCAAGUCAGCUGCUCUCCGUCUCCUCCACCAGCAGGCGUAUCGGAUGUUGAUGGACAAGCUGGAGAAACAAGCCAAGGAGGAGGAAACGAGCGACGGAACCCAACAGCAAUACCAGGAGCAGCAGGAGCAGGAGCAGGAGCAGGAGCAGCAGCAGGAGGGAGAUGAAGGCGGGAGGGAUGUGAAUCGCUUGGUCAUCGUUAGUCGAGCUGCUACACCGCGAUCAGUUUCUUCCUCUGCUUCCAGCCGUGAUGACCCUUCUGGCAUGCACAGGAUGAGCCAAGGGGGAGGAGGAUCCGGGGAGGAGGGAGAGAGGAAGGAAGAGGAAGAAGAGAGGAAGGUGGAAGGAGAGAGGGAGGAUCAAGGAGAGAGGGAGGAGGGAGGAGGAGAGGAGAAAGCAGCACAGCAUCAUGCUGUACCUCAUGCGACUUUCUCUCCUCAUUUGAUGCCUGAGCCGGUGACUCUCGUCCUCGACAUGGAGUUCGAGGAGUGGGGGGAGGAGGCAGAGGCGAAGCUGAAGCAGACGUUCUGUGCCAUCGCUCCGCUCCUCUCCCCUCACGACAUCGAGAUCGUCCGCGUGAACCCAGGCAGCGUCGUCCUCUUCUUCCUCCUCCACCAUGAGCUCUGGGUCCAGGCGCUUGACGCGCUGUGCCGUGACCUGCUGCUGGGAGAUGCGAGCCAGCUAAAAGCUUCGCUACUCGCGGUCAGUAUGGACGUUCCUUUCCUCCUGCCCUCCGUCUUGCAGCAGCAGACACAAGGGACGGGGCCUUGGAAGGAGAAAGAGCAAGCGAGCGAACCCAAUGAAGCAGAUGCGACCGAGAGCGAGGAGAAGCCCGAGCUUGACAAGGAACAAGCUCGCGGCGAAUAUGCUGGGAAUUACAUGGAAGAGCAGGAGGCAGCGAAGGAGGAGGCAGCGAAGGAGGAGGAGGCAGCGAAGGAGGAGGCAGCGAAGGAGGAGGAGGCAGUGAAGGAGGAGGAGGCAGCGAAGGAGGAGGAGGAAGCGAAGGAGGAGGAGGCAGCGAAGGAGGAGGCAGCGAAGGAGGAGGCAGCGAAGGAGGAGGCAGCGAAGGAGGAGGCAGCGAAGGAGGAGGAGGCAGCGAAGGAGGAGGCAGCGAAGGAGGAGGCAGCGAAGGAGGAGGCAGCGAAGGAGGAGGAGGCAGCGAAGGAGGAGGAAGCAAAGGAGGAGGCAGCGAAGGAGGAGGCAGCGAAGGAGGAGGAAGCAAAGGAGGAGGAAGCAAAGGAGGAGGCAGCGAAGGAGGAGGAAGCAAAGGAGGAGGAGGCAGCGAAGGAGGAGGCAGCGAAGGAGGAGGAAGCAAAGGAGGAGGAGGCAGCGAAGGAGGAGGCAGUGAAGGAGGAGGAGGCAGCGAAGGAGGAGGAAGCAAAGGAGGAGGAAGCAAAGGAGGAGGCAGCGAAGGAGGAGGAGGCAGCGAAGGAGGAGGCAGCGAAGGAGGAAGCGGCAGCUGUGACGAAGGAGAUGAAGCACGAGGAAGGGGAGCAAGACGGGGAGGCGAAGGAGGAGGAGCAUAGCAGCAACCCUCACUUGCCAGCAAGUCUGCAUGAGCAGCGUGGAGACAUUGGAAAACAAGUGAAGGGCAUGGACGAGAGUGACCAAGAGGACAGGAGGAGAUGGAUUUCAUCAGCUUCAUCAUAUCCACCUUCCUUGGCGUCCUUUCCUCCCCUUCCCGAAGACAGCGCCUCUCAGGUCGGAUCCUCCACCAGCUCUGCUCGCGAGGAAAUCGCAGACGCCGUUGUCUCUUUCAUGGAAGGAGCGCUGGCAGAAGCUGAAGAGCUGGAGAAGGAGAAGAAGGGAGAAGGAGCAGAAGGAGCAGAAGGAGCAGAAGGAGCAGAAGGUUCCCGUUCUCUCAGUGCGUACCGACGUCCCUCCACCUCCCGCGUCUCUUCUCGCUCUCCUCGCCCCGUCACCUUGUCCGCUCGGCGUCGCGUGGGAGGCAGGAAGAGGAAAGAGGAAGAAGAGAAGCAGAGCGAGCCCCUUGCUAGCAAGGGUGACGAGAACCAGAGCACGCAGCGACCGCCUCCCCGGUCGUCGUCGCGACGAGCUCGCUUUGCUGACACGCUUGCUGAAGACGUGGAGGAAGGGAAGGCAGAGGGCAUGGAGGAAAGUCUUCUUUCUCUCGCUCCUACUGACCUCGGAAGCUCCCUUGCCAAUAGCAGGAGGAAGGAAGAGGACCGACAGUUGACCCUGGCUGAGGAAGAGCACGAGGAGGAGGGAGGGGAAGGGGAGGAGAACAAAGAGGAGGAGGAGCAGCAGGCGGAGGAGGAGCAGGUGGAGACGCAGGAGCAGGAGCAGGAGGAGCAUCAGCAGCUUCAUGAGCGGCAGGACGAGCACGGGCAGGGGCAGGAGAGCUUGGUCGUGCGAUCGGUGAUGGGGAGUGGGAUGGGGAGGAAGAGAUAUAUGAGCAGUCUGCUCCCUCUGAGCGAGUGCGAGGAGGAGGUGCUGGUGAAGAUGGCGGAGGCGAUGGGGGUGAGGGAGGAAAGGAGGAGGUCGCGAGGAGACUUGACCGCUGCCAUAUGCGAGGAGGAGGCAAAGCGUGCGAAGCUGUGCACGAGGCUACAGGCCAUGUACCGAGGAGGCAGGACAAGGGAAGGGCUGCGGGAGAGAGUGCUGGAGUGGAGGAAGGAGAUGGCAGUGCGCGUGCUCGAGCAAGAGAUGUCUUCCUCGCGAGCUACUGGAGCUGCUGUUCUGCUUCAGCGAGUCAUGCGGGGCCACAAGGGGAGGGGAGAGGCGAGGCAGGCGAGGAGGCAACGGCAGAGGAGGGACAACGAGGCGCAGGAAGCAAGAGUGGCGUACUGGAAGAGCAAGUGCAUGCAGGAAGCGCUGCUGCUGACUCGAGUGGCUCGCGGUCACGUGGGGAGGAAGGAGGCGAGGAGAAGAGCAGAGGCGAAGGAGCGCGAGAGACAGCUGGAGCUCUUCGACCUGCAGGCGCGUCAGGAGCUUGACUACGAGUUCGACCCCGAGGAGGACGACGAGGACGACAGCAGGCACGAGGACGAGGAGGAGGCGUCGGACUUCGGGGACGAGGCCUCGCCGAGGAGGAUCACGAGCUGGUACGCGAAGCUGCUGCAGCCUGACGCGUCCAUGGGGUCAGACGUGGAGGCAGCGGCAGCUCGGGGGGUUCAGAACGCUUUCCGGAUGCACCUGGCGAGGAGAGCGAUGGCAGUGAGAGAGAAGAGGAAGAAGAAGCAAGAGCUGACGCUGCGCGAGCACGCGGCCUCCAGCAUCCAAGCAGGCUUCAGGUACGCGAGGAGGAGGCGGACGGAGGCGAGACGGAGGAUGGAGUCGGAGCUCUUCGAUGUCCGGCAGAGGAGCGCUCUGCGCAUCCAGGCGCUGCUGCGAGGAGGGAUGCUGAGGCUGAGGCUGAGGAGGAGGAGGAAGGCGGAGGAGCUCUGGGCGGAGGAGCGAGAGCUGAUGGCGGCGGUGAGCAUGCAGUCACUGGCGCGAGGCUUCCUGGAGAGGAGGAGGGUGCAGGCGCGCAAGGAAGAGCGACUGUCAGUGCUGCUGGUGCACAAGUCGGCGGCGAAGAUUCAAGCGAGAUGGAGGGGGGCGAUGGCUCGGUCGAACAAGGAGAAGCUGCUGCUGGAGAGGAAGAGGUACCACGAGGAGCUCGCGCAGCAGCAAGAGGAGGCCAAGACGCUGGUCGCGAUUCUCCUCCAGUCCACAUACCGGGGCCACCUGGGGCGAGAGCUGUACAGAGAGAGGGUGAUGGAGGAGGAAGCGAGUCGACGGAUGAGCUUGAGGAGGAGGAGGAGAGCGGCAGUGAUGUUUCAGAGCCUUUUCCGCGGUUUCAUGUACCGCAACAGGAGGAGGAUGCAGGCGAGGCAGAGGCGAGAGAGCGCUGCAGCUACUCAGGUGCAGCGAGUGCUGCGAGGACACGCGGGGAGGAACGAGGCGUCGCGGCAGAAGUUCCUCCUCCUCUUCGGUCACAUGUCCGUCUCCGUCUCUCUCCUCGCCAACAACUACAGGAUGCACCUCGCAAGGAGGCGACGACGCGCGCUGCUGGAGAGGACAAGGAUGUCGGCGGUCGCGAACAUGCUGCAGAGCGUGUACCGAGGGCACGUGGGGAGGAGGGAGUACAGGAGGAGGGAGCAUGAGCGACACAAGCUGGCCUGCUUCCUCCGCUUGCAGUGCGCCAUGCGGGGCCAUAUGGCUCGCGCUAUCUUGAGGAGGAGGAGGGAUGUGGCGAGAGAGCAGCUGAUGGCUGGGAGGAUCCAGCGAGUCGUUCGCGGGCAUGCGGCAAGGAAUCAGCUGCGAGAGUUCGUAGAGAAGCUCAGCUGGGAACGAGCUGCCGGGAUGGCGACGAGGCUGCAGCGAGUGUGGAGGGGACACGUGGGACGAGUGCGAGGGAGGAGGGAGAGGAACAAGCAGAGAGCUCAGGUGGACCUGGACUGGCUGGCGGAAUACACGAGGAGGCUGGAGAAGGUGAGCGAGGAAGAGCACUGGACGCUUUUCCGCUCGCAUCUCUCCGUCAUCGCCAGCAAGGUAGAGCAGCUGCUCUCCUCCAUGCUCGCGGGGGACCUCGCCGCCUCCCUCCCGCCCCCAGACGACGAGGCUGAGCAGAGGCGGGUAGAGGAGCCGUUAGGGCAGCUCGUGCCGGAGCUCCGCAAGGCACUGGAGGAGAUGGCAGGGGAGGUGGAGGCGACGCGACCCUGGAACGUGGGGAAGGCGGAGAGAGUCGCGCAGGAGCUGGUGGAAGUGGCAGAAACUACUCAAGAGACGCUGAGGAGAAGAAGGAAUGCGGACAAGGAAAGUUCUGCGAAGAAAGACUUGCUGGAGGAGGAGGAGGAGGAGUCAAAGCAGGAAGAGGUCAGGCAGAUUGUGCCUGAGUACUACAAGCAAGCGGCCUCACGCUCGGGAGACAACGAGGCGCAGGAACGGAAGAGGACAGGGAAGGAGGCGAAGGAGACGAGGGAGGUCACGAGGAGGGGAGGGGAGAAGUCGGAGGCGCUGCAAGAGAUCGUGGCGAGGCAGGAGCAAGACGAGACGCGGGUGCAAGGACAAGACCUCCGCAUGCCUGCACCUGGCGAGCUGAAGCAGCACGGGCGUCGAGACCCCGUGCUGCUGGGAGGCUUCUCGGAGAAGAGAAAAGCCAAGAAGAUGCGAGAGACGAGCCGUUUGCCUGCCGACAUCCCGCGAGGAACGUUCCCUCCCCGAGGUGCCUCCUCCUCCUCCUCCUCCUCCUUUCUUGUCGAGCGAGAGACGAGGACACGAAGAAGCGCCGCCCUGUGGGCGUCAGAGCUUAGCAAGGAAGCAGCUCGCAAGCCCAGAAGCUCCGCCCUAGCUGACUCCAUGGCCCUCCUCUCCCCUUACAGCCAAGGUGGAGGACGAGCGAAGUCAACGGGAAGGAGACGUCAAGCAGCGGAGGAGGAGGAGGAGGAGGAGGAGGAGUACGGACGGCAGAUGUCAGCAGGAGAGCAGCGGUCCUUGGAGGAGGUUCGGCGUAUCCUCAACGACUCGAAGUUGAUCAUGAACGUCAGCCCAGCGCUGCUGGAGGAGACUCCAGCUCCAGCUCCGGAGAGCAUGUUGCCUCGCCUGCCGCAGACAGACAGGAGGAGGAGGAAGAACUACCAGGAGAGGGGCAACGAGCAAGUGAAGCUUCCGAGCCUGUUCAUGAGCUCCGGCACCCCCGAGCUCAUCGACCUCUCCGGGCCCUUCGCGAUGUGA